AUCCGUAAGUGGGUUUUGGGUUUAGGUUGCCAGAAUUUUGGCAUAAUAUAAUCUAAUAAGAUUACGCGGACAGCAAAAUCAGCAUCUCCAAAAGUUGAAAGCUUUCAGUAAAAGGUGGAAGGUGGCCACUGACCAAGUUAUCAGACGCCAUUAGAAUUUGUUCGAGUCCAAACAAAGAGAGAUUCCCCACUGCGAUUUCGUCGUCACCUCAUCUCUAUUAAAUCGUCCUUUGCGAGCUGGGUUUAGUUCUCGUCAGCUGAUUCCUGAAAGGUGGAAGAAAACCCAAAAACCCAAGACUGUAGAUCUUAUCUCAUCGAUCAGAAUGUGCAGUGACGGAGAGCAGCUGAAACGCGGCCAACGGCGAGAUAUGGAGGUCGUUUUGGAGAAGAAAGACGCUGCUGAUUGGGCUUACAGAGGCGAAGGGGCUGCUAAUCUUGUUCUUGCAUACACCGGAUCCUCCCCCGCUUUUAUUGGGAAAGUAAUGCGGUUGCAGAAGGCUCGAACUAAUGGGUCAAAGGCCUCGAACAGUCCCACGGCAUUAACCGCCCACGAACUUCUUUUGUGGAAAGACGUGGAUGACAUUGUAGCCACCUCUAACAAAGAACUUGCCUGCCAACUCUAUGUGAAGAACGUCAUGAGCCCUUUAUUGGGUUCUGCGUAUGUUGAUGCCGGGAUGCGUGUCCCUGUUUCCAGGGAAUUCUUGGAGUCGGUUGAGAAGAACGUAAUUAGUCAGCGUCCUGCUUCUCGAGUUGAUGCCACUAAAGUUGACACCCAAAGUGAUACUGUGCUUCUCAUGUCUGAUCAUUCUCUUUUUCCUCGUGUUACUCAAGAAGUUGAACCCUGUAUAUCUGUAGAGAUUAAGCCAAAAUGUGGAUUUCUCCCAUCUUCAAAGUUCAUUGAUGAAGGAAAUUCCAUUAAACGAAGCAUUACUCGUUUUAGGAUGCACCAAGCCUUGAAGUUUCAUGAUGGAGAGGUAUCAGAAUAUAGUGCAUAUGAUCCACUCGAUCUGUUCUCUGGAUCCAAGGACAGGAUACAUAAAGCUAUCAAGGAUCUCUUCUCAACCCCACAGAACAACUUCCGUGUAUUCUUGAAUGGUUCUCUAAUAUUUGGGGGCUUAGGCGGUGGUGCACACAGUACCAAUUUGGCAAUUGGAGGAGCAUUUGAAGAUGCACUUAAGGGUGUCAUUCAGAGAGGUGAUGGCAAGCGCACAAUGAGUUUUUUACAGCUUGUUGCUGAAACAGUUCAUAAAUCUGGAGUGUUGGACCAGCUCCUUGAGGCCCAGAAACUUGAUAAUCUUGACAUCGAGGGGGCUAUCCAUGCGUAUUAUGACAUUAUUUCUGAGCCUUGCAUGGUAUGUAGAGAAUUGGGUAAAGAAAAAGUGUCACAGAAAUAUUUGUCAUUGCAUUCCAUGUCUCUGGAUGAAAGCUUGAAGAUGGUGAAGGACUUCUUGAUAGCUACUAGUGCGAAGGACUGCAGUUUGAUGAUUAGUUUUAGACCAAGGAAAGAUGGGAAUCCAGGAUCUCCUUGUAAUAACUUGUAUCUGGAAUCAACCAACCAGUCUUUUGAUUACAAGGUGAAUUUCAUUGACCUGGAUUUGAAACAUUUGGGGAAGAUGGAAGAAUAUUAUGAGUUGGACAAAAAGAUAGUGAGCUGCUACAAUCAAAUGGUGGAAACUGAGGAAAGACAAAAGAAAACUGCCAGCACAAAGGCUCUUCAAACUGCCAAUUGAGAUUAGUAGUUACGAUGCCAUGGAGGAUUUUUACUUAAAGAUUGUAAGUACAAGUUAGCUGAUAUAUAGUCAUUUUUCUGUAAAUUUUCGAUGCUGUAAUUGUAUUUGUAUGUAGACUUUGUUAACUACAUUGAAAAACUAUGAAGAUCAAUGGAUGACAGAGUCGAAGAAGAAGGGAAGGAGAGAGUGAGAGAAAGAGAGAGAUUGUAUUAAUGCUUCAGAAAAUGUUACAAUGUUUUACUUACUGAAGUGAAAGCCCUAUCACCUCUUAUAUA